UGGAACAACUUUUUGCUAGUUACUCUAAUAUUUCAAGAUAGAAUGACCACGGUGAAUAAUAAAAAAGCAGUGAGAAGGAAAAAAAUGGUAGAAAAAGAAGAUUCAGAGAUCGUUGAAUGGAUAUCCCAUAAUACAUUGCCACUGGUUUUUAAAUGGUUGGAUUCUCCAGAUGUGCUCCGUUGCUGCGCAGUUUGCAAACUAUGGAGAGAUCUAGCUCUGGACCCGAUAUUAUGGCGAUCCGUUAUAUUGACAGGAUAUCGUCUGAAUAUUCCUAGUAUGGCUAAUUUCUUAUGCCAACGAAGAACGUGUAGUUUGAAGAUAAUAGAUUGCGAAUUUCUAUUAUUCGAUGAUCUUCUACUAGCUCUUGAGACAAUGACCGAACUAAGAAAAUUUGCGAUAGCACCAGUUAAUGUAACGUUUAUGGAAAAAAUUCCAGAGUAUAACCCGCAUUUGACCAGCCUCAACGCCAACUUUAUUUGCGGUUUUCCAGGAAGACAUAUAAAAUUAGAUUUUUUAAAUCUCUUACCAAAUAUUACUGAACUGAAGAUCCAUUGCGAUAGAGAAAUGCACAAUUUAUGCGAUUCGCUUAAUUUGUCAAAAAAACUACAAUGCCUGUCUUUAACUGGAGUAACAAAUUUAAACAGCUUAAAUUUGGAAAAUUGUAAAAUUGGUCUGAACGGAACGCUGAAAUAUUUAUCAUUAGGCGAAUGCGCUAAUUUGCCUAAGAGUUUUGCUGAUAAUUUUAUCAAAUCGUUAACCACCUUAGAAACGCUACGACUAGAAGAUUGUCGAGAGUGUUAUUUAUUUGAUAUCUUGAAAAAUAUAAGCACUUUAAAAAAUCUUAACAGGUUAGAAUUAGUGAAAGUUCGUAUUGAAUGUGACUUUGAUCAAGGUCUAAAACUGUGCAAUCAAAUUAAAAUUUUAACUCUUGUCCCAUACCCACAUAGAUAUUAUAUAGCUCUCUAUAAUACCCGAAUUUUUUCUUGUGUUACUUCUUUAAAACACAGUCUUAACAGUUUUACUUGGGGUUUUUUGCCAACAUAUUUAACAUACGUGGAAAAUGUUCUGGAACAACCAAACAGUGUACAUCUUCUUGAAGAUAUAAAGCAACCUAAUAAGCCUACGUUUGAUACUUUAGACAGGUUACAACAUUUGAUAGCUAGCCAAAUGCCUAACACAAAAGUUAUUGUAGGUAAAUUGGCCUACAAAACAGUCCCCUUUUGAACUUUGACUUACAUGUCAUGAAGUAAAUUAAAAAACGCUCUGUCUGGUCUGGCGUUUAUUCGAGCAGUAAAUUCAUGAAAUAAUACCUAUCCAUCCAUUUUUUUCUGUCGCUUUGUGCGGUUGGUAUUGCGAGAAGUUUAACCGGGUUUUAUCGACCAAGGUUAUUAAGUUUACUAAUUAUAUGACAGGUGCCCAGAAUAGCUGCCAUUUGUACAGUGAGUCAACGAUAGAGUAAAGUUCAUUAUCUCAUUUGUUUCGAGGUUUACAAAAAAAAUUAAAUAUA